ACUACAACGGAAAGUACAACACCGCCAACUACUACAACUACUGUAGUUCCUACUACAACCGAAGAAACAACUAUAACUACGACAACAUCGCCAGAAACAACAACAACAACAAUUACUACCACAACAACUACACCAGAAACUACAACGGAAAGUACAACUUCGCCAACUACAACAACUACUGUAAUUCCUACUACAACUGAAGAAACAACUUUCACUACGACAACAUCGCCAGAAACAACAACUACAACAACAAUUACUACCACAACACCUAUGCCAGAAACUACAACGGAAAGUCCAACUCC